GCGCCGGGAGCCGUAGUGCCGCCGCGCGCCUUCCCGUGGUGCCGCGCGGUGGCGGGAGGGCGGCGGCCAUGGCGGCGCCCUCGGGCUCGCUGGUGGCGGCCGUGCUGGCGCACUCGGGCCGCCUCGACAAGGAGGACUUGGGCACCCGCAUCGGGCGGCUCUCCCGCCGCGUGGAGGAGCUGAAGGGCGAAGUCUGCAACAUGAUCAACAAGAAGUACCACGAGUUCCUGCCCAGCAUGCAGAGCGCCGAGGAGCUGGUGCGCCAGGUGGACGGGCUGUCCAGCAGCAUCGACCUGCUGAGGGCCGGCAUUGAAACCGAGGUUCAGCGAGAUCUCAAUGUUGCCGUUGCUGAAUUUACUGAACUGAAGCAGCAGUUGGAGCGAGACACGCUGGUUCUGAGUAUUCUGAAAAAGCUACAAGAGUUUGAUGCCGCUAUUAAAAAGUAUAACACUGCAUUGCUGGAAAAGAAGUAUGUUGUAGCAGCUCAACAACUGGAAAAGGCACGAAGCAGCCUGAAAAUGCUGGAAUCCCGCAAGGGCUUUGAGCUGAAGAUCCUGAAAGCGCUCGGCACAGAGCUCACAGUGCAGACACAGAAUAUGCUCUAUCAUCUAGGAGAGGAGUGGCAGAAGUUGGUUGUGUGGAAGCUUCCUCCUGCAAAAGAAAGCAGCAGCCUGGAGUCAGUGAUGCACUCAGAACUGCACUUAUGCACAGUGCCAUCAAAAGAGGAGGAGAUUGCUGGCCCACCUGUUGCCUCUGUGCUGCAGGCCUUUGCUGUCUUAGGAGAACUGCACACCAAGCUUAAAACUUUUGGCCAGCUGUUGCUGAAAUACAUCCUCAAGCCACUGAUUUCUUACUCAUCUCUUUGGCCGUUGGUGGAGGAACAGUCAGAUGUGGUCAUCCUCCGUUUUAAGUCUGAGGAACCUAACUUGGAUAAUACCUCUCCUGUGGAGGUUUUUGACAAGAUUAAGCUGAUUCUAGAAGUUCUUCACAGACAUCUGCUGAAUGUUCCUCUUGAGGAGUGUGUGGAAGACAAAAAGGAGUGCAAGGUUACACUGUCAGAACUGCUGGGUGAUAUGAUAUGGGAAGCGUUAUCUGACUGCCUCAUUCAGAACUGUCUGGUGAAUUCAAUUCCAACCAAUAGCAGCAAGCUAGAGCAAUAUGUAGAGGUGAUUAAAUCCACAGAGGAAUUUGAAAAGGCCUUGAAGAACAUGCAGUUUUUGAAAGGAGACACAACUGACUUACUGAAAUAUGCCCGUAAUGUCAAUUCCCACUUUGCUAACAAGAAGUGCCAGGAUGUUAUUGUGGCAGCCAGAAAGCUGAUGACCUCAGAAAUACACAAUACUGUGAAGAUCACACCUGAUUCCUCUGUAGCCCUACCAAGACUUCCUGAUCCUGGGGCAGGGGAUCGUUUAAAAAUGCAAAAAACUUCAAAGCUUCUGCAUAAUGAGAUGGUGAAUUUGGAGAAUGAAUCUAAACUGAGCCAGUACACGUUUUCUCUGCCCACAUGCCGCAUCAGUUCAUCAGUGGAGAAGCUAAUGGAGCUGGCUUAUCAGACGCUGUUGGAGGCUACAGCCAGCACGGAUCAGUGCUGUAUACAGCUCUUCUACUCUGUGCGGAAUAUAUUCCAGCUGUUUUAUGAUGUAGUGCCAACGUACCACAAAGAGAACCUUCAGAAACUGCCCCAGCUGGCAGCCAUCCAUCACAACAACUGCAUGUACAUUGCUCACCACUUGCUCACCCUGGGACACCAGUUCCGGUACCGCCUGACGAGCAUCCUGUGUGAUGGAACAGCUACUUUUGUAGAUAUGGUACCUGGUUUUAGGAGACUUGGGAUGGAGUGUUUUCUAGCCCAGAUGCGAGUACAGAAAGGAGAAAUACUGGAGAGGCUGUCAAGCGCCAGGAAUUUUUCCAAUAUGGAUGAUGAGGAAAAUUACUGUGCAGCAAACAAAGCAAUAAGGCAGGUAUUGCAUCAGUUGAAAAGACUGGGAAAAGUCUGGCAAGACGUCCUUCCCGUGAACGUAUACUGCAAGGCUAUGGGGACUUUGCUGAACACAGCCCUCACAGAGAUCAUCGCUAGGAUCGCUGCCCUAGAGGAUAUCUCUGCCGAGGAUGCAGAUAGGUUGUACUCCCUCUGCAGGACCAUGGUAGAAGAAGGGCCUCAAGUUUUCACCCCACUACCUGAAGAGGACAAAAAUAAGAAAUACCAAGAAGAGGUUCCAGUCUACGUGCAGAAAUGGAUGACAUUCAAAGAGCUGAUGAUCAUCCUGCAAGCCAACCUCCAGGAAAUAGUAGAUCAGUGGGCGGAUGGUAAAGGACCUCUGGCAGCUGAAUUCUCCCCAGCAGAAGUGAAGAGUCUUAUCCGAGCCUUGUUCCAGAACACAGAAAGGAGAGCAGCAGCACUGUCCAAAAUUAAAUAACUCUGUGUUUGCUCCUACGUGUGCCAUCUUCUGAUAAAGCAAGAGUGAACUGAGUCUUUCAACUAUUGUUUGCAUUUGACCCUUUUGUACUGGUCUGUAAUAAGCUUAGCAUUAGGCAAAGUGCUUCCUGGAGGCUUGACUGGAGAAGAGAAGAUUUCCUAGCAAAAUGUCCUUAGGGCAAAUAGGGUGGUUUUGUGGGUCUGGGACUGGUGAAUCCAAGGUGGGUAGCACAUAGACACUAACUGCUUCUGCUCCAUCUGCCGGUGGAUGGAAUUAGGGCUUGAAAGUUCAACCUCCUGCCAUGCUCUCCAGAGAUAUCCUGCCCAGAUCCAGGUUUUCCUUCAUGAGCUGGUGGGCAUACAGUCCUGGUGAAGAGAUGCUUUUGGUGAUGUUUGCUAAAUUCCAUCUUCCUGGAUUUCAUCUUCCUCUAAGCCCGGCAUAGGGAAAUUAAGUAAAUCGUUUAUGCAACAUCUCUUUGCAAGAAUAGGUACUGCUGUCAGGUGGGCCUCUCAUGCAAGAGAUGUGGUGCUGUACUGUGUCAUCUCAAGGCUGCUUGAUUAAGGGUCUUCUAGAGGGGUUUUUAUUUCUCACUAGUGAAUCUUAUCUAUGCAGUUUUACAUCGGGUCAUGUAUGCCCACUGUAUCUUACCUCAUCAGUCCUUGCAAACUGCAUAUUAAACUCACAGACUUUGGUAGCUUCUGGUGUUCUAAGACUGGUGAAGUGCCAAAAUUUGCUCUUUCCUCCCUGUUUGCUCAGGUUCCCCUGAAAAGCAGGCCUCAAAAGAGUGAAAAUUUAAAGUGGGGGGUGGGGAAAAGCAUGUUCUGUGUGUAUGAGUAAAUUGUUUACUGGUUCACAAUGUUUUGCACAAGUGACAAAAUUACUCUUGGCUUUAUUUCUCAUGGAAAAUACCUUAAAACAGACUUAGAAGUUUUUAGUCUCACUUUGCCAGCUGUGGAAGUGAGUUCAGCUCCUUCGUUUACUUUUUCAUUGUGCAAGAUGGAGGUAGCUCUGGCACCUGCUGUCUUUCUGCCAGUAUCUUUUUCCAUGCUUUUAGAAGUAGGAGAGAAAUGUGAAUAGACAGAGCAAGGGAUUGAAGCAUGCAGUCACAGCAUUAUCUUUCCAGUUACUAACAGCAGGCUGUGGUAGAUUGAUUUGGUUUAUGAUUUAACCUCUAUCAAUCCUUUUUACAACAAAGCAUUUGUCAUAUAUGGAUUUCCAGACUAAGCAAACCCCUUUCUCCUAAGUAUGCCUAUUGUAGAUGAACAGAAGUUUCCUUUGGCACUCUUUGAAUGAAGUUUACCAUCACUGAUGUGUCAACAUAUGGCCUUUUCAGGAGCAUAGCGAGAAAAUCAAGUGUAGUGGUGGUCUAGGGACUGCUCUGUUCUUAUCGCCAUUCCUUUACCUGGCCUCUAUGAAAUUCCUAAAGCUUCAUAAAAAAGGAUUUUGAAAAGGUUCAUUUGUUAUUAAGACAAAUGGCUAAAGAAUAUUAGGAAAAGGGCUGAAAAAUUGUCUUGCUGUCCUAUUUCCCUGUUGUGCAGCUCCAAAAAUUAGGCAAACAAAAAUUUAUCCAUACCAAGGCUGCAAAUAAUGAGUGAGUCCAUGGGAGUAAGAGGGGAUGUUUACCUGUAGUCUUUGCUCCAGACUUGGGCUCCUAAGACCGUGGAAAGCAGGGGAAGCCACUGUGUUCUUACUGUAAAAAGGCCCUCUUUGUUUGAUGAGAAAUCUUUAGUUUCACUGGCUUCUGAGAGCACUUGUAAAAGGCCUGAAAGAAAUGCUGUUUAAGGGGGGUGGUUUUUUGAGUGCAUUGUUUUUUGGUUUUUUUUUUUUUAAAGCAAAGCAUUAGUCAUCAUUACAUCAGAAAAAGUUCAGCUAUUGAAAGUUCUUUAAUGCUAUUAGAAAAAGUAAAUGAAGUAUAUUUUUAGUAUGUAUUUUUAUUGUUAAUGCCAUCUAGUAAGCUAUUUCUGUCACUGUUCCACUGGCCUGCCAACAAAAAUAGGCAGCUGGCUCUCCCUUCCAGUUUGUCUUGCAUUAACAAACUGUUCUGAUUUUAAGACAUGUAUAGGUUUUAAUUUUAAUUGAAAAUGUCACCAAUAGCAUUUGUUAAAACAAAGCCCAGAGGCCAAGAUGUACUGGGUGCUACAUGCAUGGAACAAAAUAUUUCCUACCCUGUAGCGCUUACAACCUGCUUGUGAAAACUUUGCUCCCCAAGAGCUUAGCGUUUUUAUCUAUGUUAUCUACCACUGUAGCCUUUUUGUUUGCACUUUUGUCUGACUUUUGUUUGUAUGCCCGAGCAUUUCUCUAGUACCUGGAUCACAACUGGCUUUUGCAUCGCAACCGAGUCAUCGCAAAGCUGAACGGUGGCUCUGCCUGCUCGGCCGGCCGAGCACCCCCGGGGCAGGGGCUGGGAGCCCCUUCCGCUCCGGGCGGUACCUAGCACAGGCAUGGGGAGGGCGAGAGCAGCCCCGUUGCCUGUGAGGCUUAGUCCGGCAUAUGGGAGUGCAGCAAGGACUGGAGAUGCAAAAUCUGACUGCCACUUAAAACAUUUUAACUUAAAGCUUUUUUUUUUUUCCUCCUUCCCCUCCUCCAUGUAAUUUAUCCGAGCGAGGACUGAGAAUGUUCCCAUAACACUUGGAUUUCAUGGGAUCCCUUUCCCUUUUACACAUAGCUAUCCAAGAAAUGUGUAUUUUGAAAAACACCACUUCUCCCAUGUGGAUUGUUCACAGAAAUGUAAUGUGCUAUUUUCUUUAAUAAACUAUUUAUACUGGACAUA